UGUUUUGGCCAGAACUUUGGACGGAUGACAAUAAUGGCUUAGUGCUGCACGGGCCAUCGGCGAAGGAGAAACACCUCGCUCCGUGAUGACUGCACGCACACUUGGCGUCGAAAUCCAUCAUCCUCGCCCUUGUUAGAGCAUCGACAACACCACAUCUACGAGACUCGACCAACCGCCAUCAUGUCGCUCGUCUCAGGAGAGAAGUCGAACUUCCAGUACAUCAUCCGUUUGUUGAACACGAACGUCGAUGGCAAGCAGAAGGUCAUGUACGCCUUGACCAAGAUAAAGGGUGUCGGUCGCCGAUACUCCAACUUGGUCUGCAAGAAGGCCGAUGUCGAUCUUGGCAAGCGCGCUGGUGACCUCACCUCGGAAGAGCUUGAGCGCAUUGUCACCAUCAUUCAGAACCCUCUGCAGUACAAGAUUCCCACCUGGUUCCUCAACAGGCAGCGUGACAUCGUCGACGGCAAGAACAGCCAGACCCUGGCCAACGGUGUUGACAGCAAGCUCCGUGAUGAUCUCGAGCGCCUGAAGAAGAUCCGUGCCCACCGUGGUCUCCGCCACUACUGGGGCCUCCGUGUCCGUGGUCAGCACUCCAAGACCACCGGUCGCCGCGGCCGAACCGUUGGUGUGUCGAAGAAGAAGGGAUAAAGGUUUUCGCUGGCGCUGGGCAGCUCGGGCUUUGUGUGGGCUGGGAACAAGGCUUUUACGAAAUGGGUGGUGCACUUAUGGUGUUUUAUCGAAUGGCAUUCAAUGGCUUUCACGCUUACACUUCAUACGGCUUUGCACGAUAUGGGACGGCGAUGAAGGUCCGGCGGGGUAACGGUUGGCCAUAUUCAGCCUGUACCAAAAAUCACACAAUCUGAUUCCGA